AAAUGAAGAUCAAUCCAAAGGUAGGUAGCUCCGAUAUGUUGAGCUGGAGCUUAGUCAUAGCUCCUUAAAAUAACAUAGGCUUAGUGGAACAAAAGGGAACAACAACUUCUAGAGCAUAUCCAUGAACAGGAAAAAGGUUGUACUUUCCUUUUGCCUUAAUCUUCAACACGAUGUCAAAUAUAUCAAAAGCUAUGGCCAACUACCUAAACAACAAGGCGCAACGUCUUUAAGUGAUUUUUUCACCACAAAUCGACAGUUGGUUGAGCAGUACAUUAAACAAUUCGACAAGGCAACUGAUGCAAAAAAGAAUCUUCAGGAAAGAUAUAGAAAAGUAUUCAAAUGGAAGAGUCCUUUAAGAAAGAGGAAUCCUGGUGUACAGCUAGAUAUCAAAGAAGCUUGGGUCAAUGCAAGGGCAAAACGAGAAGCAGAGAUUUAAAAGGGUUCUGUAGCCAAAGCUCUCUUGAAAGUAGGUAGAAAAAUGGCAACAACUCUGGUAAAGUCUCCUCCUACUAAACCGGAUGACAGCCAGUCUUCUCCUGCUCCACGUAAACACGCUUAUCCUGAUUCUGCAAAAACUGCUCAUUCUCAGUCUGCUCUUACUCCCGCAUAAGUUUGAAAGUACAGUUCUAAUGAAUGAGAAUAUGCCAGAGUGCUUUAAGCGUUUUAGACAGUAUCAAGAAAGGGCUUUUGAAACAGCCAAAAUUCAAGACUUAUUGACGUGUUU